GCCGUCCCAGGCAAUUUAUUCAGGAUUUGCUGCUCCUCUGUGGCUUAGUAGCCACAGGAUGGCCCUCUGCACACGCUCAGAAGCCCUCCUGCUGCGCCGAAGCUCAAAGGGAUCAGAAUCCGGAGCUGAAAAUAAGUGGGAAAUAGAAGGGAAAUAAACUGCACCGGCACUCAGGGUUAGCUGAAAUUUGGGUCGGUGCGUUGGCGUGUUGGAUUGGGAAAUACUUGGAUCCCAACUUUCUCCUGGUCUUCCCCAGACUCGUCUCUGGCGCACGCCCCCUUUUCAGCCCUGGAGCUCUGACGUCAUCAGGCCAUGGGAGUUUCCACAGCACGUGCAGGGGAAAUCCUACAUGAGAUCCUCUCUCUGCCCUUGAGGAGGAAGAUCCCAUGCAUCUUCCUUUAGCCUCCGGGAGAACCUCGUGUUGGGUUACUUUUGGGAAGAAAGAAUUCACAUCAAAACAAUAGAAGUGAUGAAGGAGACUUCUGAAGUUAUUAUUAUUUCCUAUUAGGAUUUGCAUACAUACCCUUCACCCGAAGAUUCCAGGGUAGAUCGCAACAGAAAAAUACAAAAUGAGAAUAGAAACAAAAACAAACAAACCACCCCCUUACCACAAACACAUUUUUGAAAACCAUAAAAUGUUAAUCAGACCAAUGCUUGGUUUUUUCCAGGCAUGGAGCCACCGCAGAAAAGGCCUGUUUGGAUUCAAGGUGUGAAAACAGGUAUGCCAAGAGACAUUUUGGCACCUGAGGCUCACCACAAAACGGGGUCCUUCUCCCCACCAGGAAAGAAGGGCCUUCAGCUUGCCUGCCUUCACACCAUGAGUUCCAAGCCUGCGCCACCAUGGAGAGCCAGAAACUGCCUUUACACCAGCCUGUGGGACUUCAAAGCCAUGACGGAGACAGAAUUGAGCUUCCGGGCUGGAGAUCUCUUCCAAGUGAUCGAGAAGAAAGGAGAGUGGUGGUGGGCCAAGAAGCUGGAUCCGUCCCGGACGGGUUUUGAGGAAGGCUAUGUGCCUUACAACUACUUGGCCAAGCAGGAGACUAUGGAGGCAGAGCCGUGGUUUUUUGGGCAGAUCUCUCGUUCUGAAACAGUCCAUCGGCUGAUGUCGGAAGAGAAUAAGGUCGGAGCCUUCCUAAUCCGUAUCAGCGAGAAAAAGGGGGCUGAGUAUGUUUUGUCAGUCCGAGAUGAGUCACUGGUGAGGCACUACAAGAUCUUGCGCAACGACCAGGGAGCUUACUUCAUGAAUGCCACACGCUCCUUCCCAGAUCUGCUCUCUCUCGUCGAGUAUUACAAAGAGAAAGCGCUCACCCACGGGCUCAGGCUCUUGACCCCGUGCUACAAGCAAGAGCCCACGGCGAUGCCGCACUGGGACGACUGGGAGAGGCCAAAGGAAGAGUUCCGCCUUGCCCGGAAACUGGGCGCAGGUUACUUUGGGGAAGUCUAUGAAGGAUACUGGAAGGACAGAGUCAGAGUUGCGAUCAAAGUGCUCCCCAGAGCUGAUCUGACAUACCAGGACAUGUUCAAAAACGAAAUUGAGGCGAUGAAGAAGCUGAGGCACAAGCACAUCCUCUCCCUCUACGCCAUCUCGACUCGUGGGGACCCCGUGUACAUCAUCACGGAGAUCAUGAGCAAAGGGAACCUCCUAGAAUUCCUCCGAGGUUCCGAAGGGGAGCAUCUGCAGAUAGCAGAGUUGGUGGACAUGGCGUCCCAGGUUGCAGAUGGCAUGUGCUACCUGGAGACGCAGAAAUUCAUCCACCGAGACCUCGCUGCCAGGAACAUCCUGGUUGGAGAGAACAACAUCUGCAAAGUGGGAGAUUUUGGGAUGGCCAGGCUGAUCAAGGACAACGUUUACGAAUCUUACUCCCACAACGUCCCCUACAAAUGGACGGCACCGGAAGCCCUUUCCCACGGCCGCUACUCCGUCAAAUCCGACGUUUGGUCCUUUGGAAUUCUCCUGUAUGAAAUCAUGACCCUUGGCCAGAACCCAUAUCCAGGUAUGACCAACAGUGAAGUUUUCAAGCACGUCCAGACCGGUUUCCGGAUGCACUGCCCUCUCAACUGUCCUGCCACAAUGUACAACAUCAUGUGCGCAUGCUGGGACCUGAACCCAAAAGAGAGACCAGACUUCAAGCAGCUCCGAGGGCAGCUCCAGAGUUUCACCAUGUACGAGAACCCGGAAUGAAAGGAGCAGCUUCCUCUUUCUUCCUCCUCCUCCCUUUAAACCUCGCAAAUUUCGUACGGAGAAAGCGACCUCUAGCGAACCGAAACAUGCACACAUCUUGGGAGGGUAGAGGAGCAGGCUUUGGGCUUCUGUGAUAAAAACAGACUCCGACUGCGGGCAUGUGAUCUCCGUGCCAUAUUUGUUCAAUUGACAUUGCAGGAUAAGAGACUAAGAAGAGAUCAGGCCAAACUCCUCGCAGGGCUGGCAUCUUGUUCUCCCAGUGGCCAACCCAAGGAAAGCCUGCAAACAGGACAUGAGUGCGAGAGCCGUCCAAGCUGGUGCCCAUUACUACAUCUCAUGGGAAGAGAAGAAGGGCGGGAUCUGGGGACAGGCCCAUUUAACUGUCGCUCAUGAAGAGCGGGGUGGCGCUGUGGUCUAAACCACUGAGCCUCUUGGGCUUGCCGAUCGGAAGGUCGGCGGUUCAAAUCCCCACAACAGGAUGAGCUCCCGUUGCUCUGUCCCUGCUCCUGCCAACCUAGCAGUUUGAAAGCAUGCCAGUGCAAGUAGAUAAAUAGGUACCGCUACAGCAGGAAGAUAAACGGCGUUUCUGUGCGCUCUGGUUUCUGUCACGGUGUUCCGUUGCACCAGAAGCAGUUUAGUCAUGCUGGCCACAUGACCCAGAAAGCUGCCUGUGGACCAACGCCGGCUCCCUCAGCCUGAAAAGCGAGAUGAGUGCUGCAACGCCAUAGUCGCCUUUGACUGGAUAUAACCAUCUAGGCUUCCUUAGCCGUUUUUUGUUUUUUUACCAUGAAGCACCACCGGGAAUGUUCAUCAGGCUAUAAAAGCUAUGAUGCACAAGAAAGGAGAAUCAACAUACAAGGCUUCUGGGCGUCCCCUGUUUGGAUGGAGGCAGGAAGGCAAAAGAGCAGAUAACCUCUUGAAGAUGAAGGCUUCAUUUGCAGAACAAACCUCGGCGGACUCGUGUGUUUUCUGCGGCUCAGAUCGGCAAUAUUUGAGUUCAAAUCUGAACUUUUCCACCUUGGUUUUACCGUUCCAGAGAGACCAUACCCCCCUCAGGAAGGGACUCUGAAUGCUGCAGGGCUUGCCGAUUUUGGGAGGCCAGUGGGUGUAUUUGGAAUUUUGUAAAUGCGCAGUGGGCGCCGGGCACAAAAUGCAGAAUGUGGCAGCACAAAAUUGCGGCCGCAUCUGAAGGAACAGGAAAAGAGACAGGGCCGCAAAAUGGUACCAGCGUGUUUUAUUGGUGUUUUGCAACUUUGACCUGUUGCAGGACCUUAGCCAGAACUUAGCAGAGCAUAUUCAGAGUUCCAGAAAGCAAUCAGUUGCAGGCAGGAUGGACGAAGCAGGAACAAGACGCUGCUACUAGUAACUUGAUUACUUAUAGGUGUUUAUUAUUUACAGCAGACUCUACAAGUUACUAAGGACGUGGGUGGCGCUGUGGGUUAAACCACAGAGCCUAGGACUUGCUGAUCAGAAGGUCGGCGGUUCAAAUCCCUGCGACAGGGUGAGCUCCCGCUGCUCCCUGCUCCUGCCAACCUAGCAGUUCGAAAGCACGUCAAAGUGCAAGUAGAUAAAUAGGUACCACUCCGCCGGGAAGGUAAACGGCAUUUCCGUGCGCUGCUCUGGUUCUCCAGAAGCGGCUUAGUCAUGCUGGCCACAUGACCCGGAAGCUGUACGCCGGCUCCCUCGGCCAAUAAAGUGAGAUGAGCGCCGCAGCCCUAGAGUUGGCCACGACUGGACCUAAUGGUCAGGGGUCCUUUUACCUUUACCUACAAGUUACUAUAUACAAGAACAGAAACGGAUCUUUACUAUCUCUCUCUUAAACUCCAAACGACCCUCAGAACUCAGAACACCACACUGACCAACACACACUCCAGUCAGUAAGGUCAUAAGUCAUCAAGGCUGUGUGAGACCUCAAGCAAUGGUAGAGCUAUAUCCAAGGUCUCAUAUCUCUAGGCAGAAUAACUCCUCUCUGCCCAGUCAUCCUUGGCCUUCGGCCAACUCUUAAUUGACUCUGUGUGAAGCUGCACAGAAUGGCACGUAGUCAAAAAACCCAACAUGUUUUCCCACCAGACCCUCACCUGUGGGGUAAAACACACACACAUCUACAUCAGUCACUGGUGCUCAGUCCUAAGGAGAAGGUUUUUGCGCCUCUCCUCUCUUCAGAACAGGAGGAGGGGUAGGGUCUAAUCCUGGCAUACAAUGGAACACAGGUGUGUUUAAUGCAGGAGAGACGGAGCCAAUACGAGGAGGAACAGCAGGAAGAGCAAGAAGUCUUCCAAAUAUUGUGGAUUUUAAAGGGGGUGUACUGAGACCUUUUGCAGCAGUAGGCAAACUGGCAGGUAUGGUUGCUGCUUGGCGACCCCUUCUCUGUGGCAGCAAACCUGAUGGUCUUCAAUUGAUGCUGAUGUGCUUGUUUGGGAGCGCAGCUGUUUAGAAUAAAAGGGCAUCUGCCUGGUAGAUUCCACUGGCUUGUUCAGAUCAAGUGACCAAACGUCAAGGGACUGUCCUUGGAAUUAACUCACUGCAACCUGAUUGCUGCAUUAAUCAGCUGUACAUUAAAAGUGUGUUAACGACAAAAGAAGUUUCUCUCUCUA